GUGAACGUCACUGAAACUCCGGAGGUUGGCCCCUGAGAAAUGAAGUACGGCUGCGCGAUGCUGAAAACGGAACAGGCAAAAUCGGGCUGUAGAUGCCAGCGGAGUUCGGUUAGCGAUGUCUGGAGUUAAUGAUGGUUUGGUCCCACCAACAAGUCAGCAAGUACUGGACAGAGAGGUCGUUUUGGAACUGGAGGUGACAUCUAGAACGUGAAUCAACAUGGGUUUGAAGCUUUUAGCUUGCCUGUUCAACUUCCCCGUUGGAGUAGUUUAUGGAUCCUUGUCUCUCUUUAUUUCAAUUUUGCAUAAUGUGUUUCUUCUCUACUAUGUGGACACCUUUGUGUCUAUAUAUAAAAUUGAUAAACUUUCCUUUUGGAUUGGAGAGACUGUUUUUCUGAUCUGGAACAGCCUCAACGAUCCUCUGUUUGGCUGGUUGAGUGACAGAGCUUUUCUUAGCACCCAGCAGUCUGGAAUAGCAAUCUCCACUCCAGAAGUUGUUUCAAAGAGACUCAAAGCUCUAAGACGCAAUGGUCCAUUAUUUGCCUUGUCAUUUCUGGCUUUUUGGAUUGCCUGGGCCAACCCAGGCUUACAAUUCCUUAUCUGUCUCUGCCUAUAUGACAGCUUCCUUACUGUGGUGGAUCUAAACCAGAAUGCUUUGCUUGCUGAUCUCGCUGUGUCUGCAAAGGAUAGAACUGACCUCAACUUCUACUCUUCACUCUUCAGUGCCAUUGGCUCUCUCUCAGUUUUUAUGUCCUAUGCUGUGUGGAACAAAGAGGACUUCUUCUCCUUCAGGGUAUUCUGCGUGGCUCUGGCUUUCUGCUCAGCACUUGGGUUUACCUUGGCCACGUGGCUACUGAGGCAGCGGCUUCAGACAGAUGGACAUGUGAAAUGGGAUGAAAACGAAGUGUUAAAAGAAUUAUACAUUGAUCAUCCUUCUAGAAAUCAAAAUAAAAGAAUCACAUUGGCUGAGUACCUCAAACAGCUUUCCAGACAUCAAAAUUUUCUAUGGUUUGUCUCCAUGAAUUUAAUGCAGGUUUUUCAUUGCCACUUUAACAGCAACUUCUUCCCUCUGUUCCUGGAGCAUUUGCUGUCUGACCGCAUCUCCCUUUCAAUGGGAUCAUUUCUUCUAGGUGUUUCCUAUGUGGCUCCUCACCUCAACAACCUCUACUUCCUCUCUCUCUGCCGGAGGUGGGGCGUGUAUGCUGUGGUGCGAGGGCUUUUUUUCCUGAAACUAUUGCUCAGUAUAAUAAUGCUCCUUGCUGGACCAGAUUGGAUCUACUUGCUCUGUUUCUUCAUAGCCAGUAACCGUGUGUUUACUGAAGGGACUUGCAAAUUGCUGAACCUGGUAGUGUCUGACUUGGUGGACGAAGACUUGGUGCUAAAUCGGAGGCAGCAGGCUGCCUCAGCCCUCUUAUUUGGCAUGGUGGCCUUGGUAACCAAACCAGGCCAAACCUUUGCCCCCUUAAUAGGCACCUGGCUGCUUUCUGCUUACACCGGUUAUGACAUUUUUCAACGGGAUCCCUUGAGCAGUAUUGUGAGUGCCCAGCCAAGGUUGGCUUCCAGUGUAGCCUGGAAACCUACACUACGCCAGGGCUGCUUCUACCUCCUCGUCUUUGUCCCCAUGACCUGUGCUUUACUACAGCUUCUCACCUGGUCACAAUUCAGCUUGCACGGCAGACGCCUUCAGACGGUGAAAUCUCAACGUCAAGCUUUUACAGAGAAUCACUCUCGAGAAAUCAAGACUAUUUAAUUGAGAGUGAAGAUAACAGUGAGCAGCAUCUUCCCACUGUCGAUGACUGCAUGACCUUUUUAAAAAGGAAAAAGUGGGAAUAAACAGGAAUUUGUUACAUCUUCAGAUCAGCAUUGGCUAGUGGAAAAUAAAUGGAAGCUUUUGAAUUAUCUUGACAUUUUUUGUGAGACUGUCCAGGGUCCAGUCAGUCUUGUAGAAUUCAUAGAGGUUUGAAAGUUUGUAUCUUCUGUAUCCAAGGUUGUCCAGAAAAAGUGAUUGCCUUGUAUUUUUAAAAAUAUUUUAUCAAUUACUUGCUGUUCAUACUGAUACUAAUUCAUUUCCAGGUUUGGGAGCUAAACAAUCAGAUUACAAAUAGUCAUAUUAAUGAAGAAGGGAUAGAGUUGAGUAAAUUGGCAACCUUCUGGUCUUUGUAUCACAACCCCCAUAUACUGUUUAAAGACAUCUUUGCCACAGGUGAUAGAUAAGGUUUAAGUAUUCCCUUAUCUCUGUUCUUUUUUGCAUUGGAUUGGUGGUCAAGCUUGAUUUUUGCCAAAUACAGUUAAAAUAAUUGUAACUUAAUGAUUUCUCACAGUGGGCAAUAGAGCACUUAGAUUCUGUAAAAUAACUUCUCUGAUAUUGAAUCUGGUCACGUAUUUCCAAUGUUCAUCCUUUUCAAGAGAAUGAAUGUACUUUAUUCCCACUCGUAAUUCAAGAUAGAAAUUUGUUUUUAAAAGUAGAGUACUAAAGGCAGAUGUAGCUGUCAGAAAUUAAAAACGUGUAUUUUCAAUCUUUAAUCCUAAUGGUUAUGCUGAAAAUCCACUUUCUCCUGUUCUACUGAAGGGGGAAUAAGGACUAGGGGUCUGUGCAUUUCCACUGAACCAGUGCCAAGUAUUGGUUUGUUCAUGGAUGACUGACAACAUUUCUGCUUUUCUGAGACUGCCCCUUGCUAAAAAAGCUGCCACUAACUGAGCAGAACUGGCCAUGAAAUCAUUUUUAUGCAGAAAUACUGAUCACAGGAAAUGGCCUAAAAAUUGCCUAACAUAAAUAUUCUUGAUUUUCCCAAAUGUUUUGGGCUACAUUUCCUGUCGGGACCAAAUCAUAUCCCCCUUUGCGUGUGCCAAGUAUCACUUUGUUUAGACAGUAGCCUUAGCUGCUGCAACUGCCAUUUUGCCUUCAAAGACCAGGAUGAUGAAAUGUUUACAGCUUUUGUAUUGUUGGAUGGCUUCAGUGUAAUUUAUUGCUGUCAGUUUAUAUACUGAUUACAUUGAUUUUCAUUUCAUUAAAUGUCCUUUUAAAAAUU